AUGUCUCCCCAAUAUACCCUCUUCGUGGGAACCUUCAUCCAGCUCCCCCGCUUCAAGUCUGACGAGGGCCACAAGCUCGCCAUCACCCGCGGCGCGCUCUGGGUGUCCACUGCUGACGGCACAAUCGAGGGAUUCGACUGGUCCAUUGCCAAUGACAGGGACCUGAAGAGAUUCCUUCGUCACAAGGGGUGGACUGUCGUGGAUGACAAAAUUGGCCAUAAGGGCAAGCACGGAGUGAAAGUGACAUUAGUCGUUGCGCGCGAGGAGGAGAAUGAGUUCUUCUUCCCUGGGUUCAUCGGCAAGUCCCCCUACCCUACACAUCCCAACUCACCAGCAUACACCACUAAUACAGAGGAACAUCGAAUAGACACACACAUCCACGCCCCCCAGUACCCCAACGCCGGCCUCUUCGGCGACGCCGGCCUCCUCCACUGGCUCCUAAACUACACAUUCCCCAUCGAAUCCUCCUUCGGCAGCACCAAAUUCCCCUCCAUCCCUCCUCCCAACGCCUACCGCGUCUACAACCAAGUCAUCGCCCGUACCCUCGCAAACGGCACGACCUGCGCCUCCUACUUCGCUACCAUCCACGUCCCCGCCACCAACCUCCUCGCCUCCCUCUGCCUCGCCCGCGGCCAACGCGCCCUCAUCGGCCGCGUCUGCAUGGACCGUCCCGAGCAAUGCCCCGAGUACCUUCGCGACGAGUCCCCCGACAUCGCCAUCGACAAGACCCAAGCCAGCAUCGACCACAUCCACACCAUCGACCCUGAGGGCGCCCUCAUCAAACCCAUCGUGACCCCGCGGUUCGCUCCCUCAUGUACCCCGCGCUCAUUAGGGAAGUUAUCCAAGCUCGCGGCGAGCUACUCGCCCCCGCUGCAUAUCCAGACGCAUCUCGCUGAGAACCUGGAUGAGCUGAAACUCGUGCACGAUCUCUAUCCAGAAGCAAGGGAUUACACCUCCGCGUACAACUACUUCAAAUUGCUCACCCCGCGGACGAUCCUCGCGCACUGCGUGCAUCUCUCUGAUGACGAGCGCAUUAUGAUCGCCGAUAAUCACGCAAAGCUGUCCCACUGCCCCGCGUCCAACUCGGCCCUCGGCUCGGGGAUCUGCGAAGUCCGCAAGGCCAUCGACUCCGGCAUCACGGUGGGACUAGGAACCGACGUAAGCGGCGGAUAUAGUCCUAGCAUACUGGAAACGGUUCGCCAGGCGUGCCUAGUAUCAAGGUUACUUCCUCAUAUGUCUGGAACUUCUGAAGGGCAAAAUAAGGAUAAUGACGGAGUACCGAGAGAGGUCCUAUCCAUUGAAGAAGCACUCUACCUCGCCACGCGCGGCGGAGCAGCGGUGGUCGACAUGGCGGACCAAAUUGGCGGGUUCGAUCAGGGGAUGGUGUGGGAUGCGCAGAUGGUGAAGCUGGGGAAGUUUAAUCCUGCGGGGAGGUGGGGAAAGACCGGUGGGGUGGAGACUGCGGUGGAUGUGUUUGAUGAGGGGCAGGAGUGGAAGGAGAAGGUGCACAAGUGGGUGUGGAAUGGGGAUAGUCGGAAUGUGAGGAUGGUGUGGGUUGGAGGGAAACUGGUGCAUCGGGUUUGGGAGGAGGGAGAGGAUAAGAGGGAGGACCAUGGUGUAUGUUCCUGGCUUCAUGGCGGGCGAGGUGAAGCUGCCUGA